UUAUAAUACCGCACUGGAUCUGUGUUGGAACCUAGACUUUUAGCAGCAAAAGCUAACGGGCUACGACUAGAAUACGCGGUCGUUUGGAUUUGAAUGAGAUUUUAAAAUCAAAACGUUUAUACACGUUUUUGCUCAAUUAUGGAUGAACAUUUAUGAACUUGUGUGCUAAAUAUUUUACAGUUUUCUCUGUCAUGACAGUUUGUUUGCUUUUACAAAACAAUGCAUGCAAUAUUCAUUUGCAUGCAUGACACAUUUGUUUUUGGAAGUUGUUAUGUUUUUUUUAAUUUAAAUUUACCCGAACAUCCGUGUUCUUUAUAGCUAUAACCAAAGUUUUAACGUUAGAAGUGGUAUGAUAACAUAGAUUUAACGAGAUACAAAAUGCUCGUUUUAUUGUUUUGUGUCACAAUAUAUUCCACAUGAAUUUCUCGCGACGAUAUCCGGACAUUCACGAGCAAACGCGAGAUUGGUUUCGGUCAGCGUCGGAAGCACGACGUAGGUCUUAAAUAAUUAAGAAAUAGUAAAAAACGGAAAAAAACUAUUUCGGCAUGGACGUCACCGUCUUGAUUUCCGUUUGAUCAACACGUGAUUACACGCUCAGUAUUUAUAAAAUGCGGGUAAAAGGUAUGUGGUUGAAGGGGCAACACAUUUAGGAAUAGGCUAUUGUUGGCGGAAAAGCUUCCAAGUAUAAUUGAUUGUGUACGCCUUGACGUGGUUCCAUGAUACCGACGCGCAUUAGACGACGAUAUCAUGACACAAGUGAAACUCAGGAUACACAUGCCAAAAAGUGUUUAAUAAUAGUUCGUUAGCGGCUGUACACCUGGGUGUGGUUCUAUGGUACUGACACACUUUGGGUGGCGACAUCAUGACGCGAGUAUCACCGGAAUGCAGUCUGUCUAUCACAUCUCUUCAUACUGACAAUUCAGUUCCCGAAUUUGCGGAAAACUCUACCCAUUUAGCGGAUCGUACAUGUUCAGUUUCGAAAAAAACAACGAUGGCAUUAGGAAUAAUAAUACCUGUGUGUGUGGUACUUGUGGUAUGCGUCGUCGUUCCAAUCGAAGUGAUUCGAAACCGGAACAAGAACAAUCCUUCCGUGAACAGAGUAGGUACGUGCACACUGACAGAGUAUACCAUGGGGAAACCAUUAGGAGUAAAGUGUUACGUUGACAGAACGGAUCCAGCAGACGCGUUCACCGAUAUAGACGCCAAGUACACGCACUUAGCUCUAGAUGGCCGAAUCAUUUCACAAGUAAACUGUACAUUUGAAGCUGCGGAAGGCACACUAACUUGUACCGGUCCAAAUGUUACCUGUCUGAUCCGUGGGACGUUAUCUAUUUCACUGUCUGACACAGGAGGGAACACUGUGCUAAGCACCAAACUGGAACUUCGGUCACCUGAUCAUCCCUUGGAGACAAGUGUGUCUCAAGUCUUUGAUCCACGUGAUCCAAAUUUGUCAUCAAUCUUCACAUUCACGUGCGAAGUGACGUCAUCGUGUAGUGAGUUUGCCAUGACUGUUGAUGUCGAGAGAAUCCGGUAUCUUUCCGAAGAUGAUGCCAAAUUGUGUAACACAACACCGAUGACAGAUGGAGGGCAUAACAAGAGUUGCGUGUUCGAAAUCAACGAGGGUGUGAUACGCCAAAAUAGUUCGAUGGACAUUUCAUGCGUUCUCCAUCAAAAUGGCAUCGCCGCUAAGCAACACAACUUCCGUCUGCCAGCUUGUUCGGAUAUUUCGUCUGAAUGCGUUUGUGCGGCGCCUGUUACCACUUGUGAACUGAUUUGUACAAAAUUUGAAAAGUGUUCAAAUGACUCCGAAAGAUAUCAAAGUAUUUUCAAGAAUAUUACUCAAUGCGAUACGUUGUGCGUCGGGAAAUGGUGUCGUGAUACAUUCAACAAGACUGUGACUAUAACAUCGGAAAUAUUACAGGCAAUGUGUACAAAUUCUAGUACAAUGUAGAUGACACGCCGGGAAGAAAACAGACCAUUCAGUAUUGUAUUGAUGUAGAAUCUAGCAAGUAUAUCGACUCAGGAUAUAAACGUUGCAUUGUUGUACAUGUUUUACCAUGUAUGCGUAUCGUAUAAUUUACACAUUCGCUUUAAUUUCUCAUUUUUGCGUUUAUCGUGCUAGAUCAUUUUAGUAUGAAAUGUGUUCUGUAUGAAACGAAUUGCAGCGACUGUCAUACAUUUCAAUAAUAGUUUUUGUCCUAAACAUUUGGUUUUGUAUAAUUUAGUUUUUUGUUUAGCGUUUAGUUUGCUGGCGAACCAUAUUGCGUAUUUUCUACUUAAAAGGAUAUCCAUGGAAAGGUUUAUAACAUGUUAGUUUUGAUAAUGGUAAUUUCACUGGUACAUUUUAGCUGAUUUUUGCAGACGCUUUGACGUCCAAAUGUUUUAAAGUUAAUAGUUUGAAAUACGUAAAUAUUAUUUCAUUUGGAAGCAUGACACGAAAACCUUUUGCAUUUUAUAUAUAGUACUUGAGGAUGUGAUUGUUUUAACAUUCUGUUGAGAUGAAUGAUUUUAUACAAUAGUUUUUGUCAGAAUUUGUUGAAAGUAGGUACGUUACGGUAAUUAAUGUACAACCAAAGAGUUGGGUUGUUAUAAAAUCCGUGUAUUUGAUUGUGUUCUAUUUGCAUAAGUAUAUAUAUUUAUUGUUUAUAUGUACGUGUACUUGUUUGUUUUGUUUGUAAUUAAUUAUAUCAGUUAUUAUUAUAAUUAUGAUAAAGUAUAGUCACAUUACUUUCAAUCUCGUUUAUACUAUUGCGAAACAUAGCUUCAUGGGUUGUCUCUCUACAUGAUCGUUUUGUGGACGUAAUUAAGUAAAUUUAUAUUUGCUGUUGCUAUUACUGUUGGUUUUGUUGACGUUCUUUAGUAAACUUAUAUAUUUUUGUUAUUAAUUCCUUUGGUUCUGUUGACGUUAACUUGAAUAUAACG